AUGGCUCAACAAUCAGAAUCACUCAGAUUAUCUUUAUCCAAAAAUCAAGCUACGAUUCAGAAUCAUAGAAUUCAGCGAGAGGUUGAUAAUAUUAGAUGGUAUUUUCAAAGCCCAAUCACAACAGCACCUAUAUUAAAUGAUAUUGUAGAUUAUCUUAAUAUAAUUUUUGAUGCAGGUAAAAGAUUAGAAAGAUUGUUAGCUAUACUUCAAAAUAACUAUGGCCUUCUUCAUCAGGCUUAUGAGGCCCACAGAACACAACAUAAUAUAUUUAAAUCUCGAGAACUUAAUAAUGAAUCCAAUGACAACUACAAGAAUUGGAAAAAUAAAUGCAAGACUCUAGAAAAUGAUCUAUUACUUGCCGAUAUUCAACUGGACAACAAGUGGGGUAAGUGGAAAACUCAGGCACAAAAUUCUGAGCAAUUAAUUUUGAAUUUAAAUCAACAAAUUUUUACAUUACAGAAUAAUUUACCUAUAAAUAUACAAGCAAAUAUAGUAUUACAACCACUACUAUUACCAAAUUUUUCAGACCCAGUUGCCAAUUGGGAUCAAGCAUUUGGUAUUCUUAGAGGAUGUCUAUAUGGGCAAGCAUUAGAAUGUGCUCUUUGGGGACGCACUAUGGCACAGAUGAAUACUAGUAAUAGCUUUAGAAAUCCUUCAAUUGCCCAUGACUAUGCAAAUACUGCUAGUAAUAAUGCAAUAACUGUAGAUGUUUCCAUGAUUCCAGCUGAAGCUUUUACUGAAGAUUGGUGCUUAGCUGAAGGACAUCCAUCAGAUAGACCUGCCAAUACUGUUAAUGCAGAUAAUGCUAAUCCUAUAAUAUUUGGUAACAUUCAGAUUGGUCAAGCAUUAUAUUGGCUCAGAAAUGAAUAUCCUACACAAAUACAGCCAUCACAACCAUUGCAGACACCUCAAUCUUAUUAUGGACUACAACCUCUUGGCAUAUAUCAAAAAAUGCAAGAUAUAUUAAUGGAUAGAUUUGUACAAUGGAUUACUGGGGAGGUUUCAGAAUUUGUUUCUAUCUUCAAGCCCGAUUUGCCUCCAAAACCAGUAAUAAAGAAAGUUAAAGUUAACUCUGAUGAUGAAUUGGCCAAUUUUAUGAAGAAGCAGUUGAAGUUGCAUAUAGCUAGGGCUGUUAAAAAAGCUACGAAAGCACAACACUAUUGCUUAAACUGUAAUAGAACUAGGCAUAAUUCUCAUAAGUGUCCUUGGAAAAAGAAGAAGAAAGCAAAGCUUCGAACUGGAAACCCAUUCAAGCCUUGCAAAGGAGACCAAAAGCAGAUUCCCAAUUCUAGUAAGUUACGAAAUAAAUCCACUGUUAUUGAUAAAUCUCUUCAAAGUGUUGUACUAGAUAUGCUUGAUAGCAUUGCAUCUAUAGAUUGA